GGUUCUCGUUCGACGGUAGUUGUGAAUAAGCUUCGUUCUUUUGCAAUUUGUAAACGACGAAUGAAUAGGAACGAAACGAGUCAUUUGAAUCGGUUGGAUGUGUUAGAGAUAAGAGGAAUUACAUAGGGUCAGAUCGCAAAAUGGUAAUAUCCGCCAAUCAAAUCUGCAUUUAUGCGUACACCCUGGCCUAUAUAUGUAGAAUCGAAAGGUUCGUUCACCCGUGUGCCUUUCGACUUUGAAGAGACGGUUUAAUCGUCGGUUCGAAAAAUAGUUUAACAAGAUAAUCGAUGCGAUGAUCGAAGACAACUUAGGCAAAGACACGAUCCGUUUUGUCAUCUAUCAACGGAACGACGGAUAUAAUCGAACGAGUGUACAGCGUGGACUAAAUUUCGCAGCGAAGGUGGCGACAUGAGAUUUCGAGGUGGAGAGAUCUCCCCCUUGUUCGGUCGAUCCAUCGCCGUCGACCGUAGACGUUCAGUCGCGCCCUCGCGCUCACCGACAUCGCUAAUCUUUCUCGCCCUCCGAACGUAACGUCGGGUCGUCCAGACCACGUUAUUUCAUUCGUGAUUAGCUUCGAUUGGAAAUCAGUCGUUCCGAGAUUUCUUUCCGACUUAUAUCGUUCCGAUAUCAGAUGCAAAUCAUGAAUUACACGGUAUUGUUGAGCUUGUUGAUCGUCUGUUGGAUUCGGUUGCCAGUAGUUCGUUGUGGGACGCGACCGAGUUUCGUUUCGGACGAAAUGAUCGCAACAGCGGCUAGCGUGGUGAAUGCUUGUCAAACACAAACAGGGGUGGCGACAGUGGAUAUAGAGGCAGUGAGGAAUGGUCAGUGGCCCGAAACACGUCAAUUGAAGUGUUACAUGUACUGUUUGUGGGAACAAUUCGGGCUAGUCGAUGACAAGAGAGAACUCAGCUUGAACGGCAUGCUCACGUUUUUCCAAAGAAUACCAGCUUACAGGGCAGAGGUGCAGAAAGCGAUCAGCGAGUGCAAGGGGAUCGGUAAAUAUUUGGCCAAAGGUGACAAUUGCGAGUACGCGUACAGGUUUAACAAAUGUUACGCGGAAUCAUCUCCGCGGACGUACUAUCUCUUUUAACCGAGUUUCAUUCGAAUCGAAGAAGAGACGAAAUCGGAAGGAAGCGACGCAACUAUCUCAUCGAACGAAUCAAAGCUGGGCUUGAAUUGCGUUUCGCCUUAUCACGUAACAGAAUUGUUACCCAUUCAAACGAGUAGACGGCUUUCUGUACGAAAUGUUAAUAAAAGAAAGAGACAUUA